AUGUAUCAUUUAUUGUGUGUUAAAAUAAUAUUAACGAUUUUAUUCUUGAAGAUUUGUCACAAAAAUGUUUUUUCGUUACAUCCGAUUAAUCGAACAGAAAAACUCAUAUCUUACACGAUACCUGAAAAACGCGGGCUGAAAAAAGCCUUCGGGUAUGAUGAAGAUACGUAUCUGAAUUUUACUGAAUUAACCACAAAAUACAAUUACCCGAGUGAAGAACACACAGUAACCACUGAAGACGGAUACAUACUCACGAUAUUUAGAAUCUUAGCAAAGUGCAAUGCACCUUCAAGACACUAUCCAGUUCUUCUGAUGCACGGUGUACUCGACAGCUCUGAUGGAUGGAUAAUUGCGGGCUCUGAAAUAGGAAUCGGCUUCGUUCUGGCACGCAACUGUUACGACGUAUGGGCAGCCAAUCACAGAGGAAACAGCUACUCUCGGAAACACGUGCGAUUUGAUGCAAACAUAGACCCCGAGUAUUGGGAUUAUACAUUUGAUGAACACGGAAACUAUGAUCUACCAGCCACUGUUGAUUAUGUUCUGCAAAACACCGGGAAAGCGAAGAUCAAUUUCGUUGGACACUCUCAAGGAACGACAAAUUUUUACGUAAUGAAUUCUUUGAAACCACAAUAUAAUGAAAUGAUAAACUUGUCCAUUCAUCUUGCUCCUGUGGCCUGGUUAAAAAAUACCGAAAGUAUUAUCUCAAUAAUUGCAGCACAAGGCAGUGGUCUAAUUAAACAAUUUCUCUCCGACAUCGGAAUAAGAGAAUUCCUCGGAAAGAAUCACAUCAUUCACGUUGCUUUUGAAGCAUUAUGUCAACUUGUACCGGAUGAAAUAUGUGGUACAAUGCUAGCCCUUACUGUUGGCUAUGUACAGGGGACUAUAAACCCCAAACGCAUUUCGGUUGUAUUUGGGCACGUACUAAACGGAGUUUCAAUUAAAAACGCCGAUCAUUUCGGUCAACUUAUAAGGUCUGGUAAGUUUCAACGUUACGAUGAAGGAAUAAGCGGUAAUCUGAAAAGAUACGGUAGGCAACAUCCUGCCAACUACAAUCUGUCCUUAGUGACCGCACCAGUGGUGCUCGUCAGUGCCAAAAGUGAUUGGUUGUCUUCCGUGAAAGAUGUUAAAAUUUUAUGCUCGAAAUUACCAAAUUUGUUAGAAAAUUACGAGAUUCCUCUAGCUUAUUGGAGUCACCACAAUCAUUUAUGGGACGAUAACAUUAAAGAGUAUCUUUUUCCGAAAAUGUUUGAGUACUUAAAUAAGUACAACUAA